AUGAUGGAUAUGAAAGGAAAACUUAAACACAAAGUAAAAGCGGUGCAGAAUCAAAAGACUAGACCAACAAGCAACAUGAAUAUCUCAAUUACUGAACUUUACUUUAAUGUUCGUAUUGUUGAGCCAGUGGUGAUCAAAGGUUAUCGCGGUCAUCAACCUACAAUAGUAAUAUGCGACAGUGUCACAAUCGAGAUGCGGCUAAACAUGGAGGUCCCUUUAAAUGACAGCCACGGCAAUAGCCAGAAAGUGCAGCCAAAUACUACGUGUAACGUUUCUAGUUUCAUCAUAGCAAUUGCUACUGCUAUAACCCACUAG